AUCUUCUGGGUAUCUUGUGUGCCCGAGACCAUAAAACAGAGAAGCAAACAAAACUUCAUCAGGUUUGCCAGUUGUACCCCUCAGAGAUGGCGUUACCACAUGAGUAUUUACAAUUUUUGGAUAAUGAUCUGGUCAAAACAUCUGAUUUCACCUCCUUUCCACUGAGCAUUUUGUUGAUUCUGUUGGAGGCUUUGACUGAUAAAGAUUUUUCAUGCCCGUGCAAUGCUGAGCAAAAUGCAACCUUAAUAAAGCUAAUCUUCAUUGCACCAUGUAUUUUUGUUUUUGGGUUAAUGUGUAUUUUGCAGCUAAAUAAAAAUGGACCUACAAGGUCUCGUAGAAAGAUUGGAAAACAUUUCUUGUUUACCCUGAUUCCACCUUUUGUGUGGAUCAUGCUUGUGCUCCUUGAUGGUGAUUAUAUUGCCUGUCAGAAAACAGACUGGAAUGGAGUGUAUGUUUUAGAUGAUCAGCAACAUGUGAAAUGGUGUCAACCCACUGAACCAGUUCCAGGAAAAAAUGAGACCGAACUACAAGCUCUGACUAUCAGCUUUAUCGCCAAAUCACAGACUUCUGGUUUUGUGAUGCUCCUUGUCUUGGGCAUUAUCUUAAUAGUGGUUGUUUUUUGUGUCUACCGCUGCACUGGUGAAGAGCCACCACAAACAACAGAAGAUAGAGGAGAUUACAUAGGUACUUUUGCUUGCUAUAGAAGUGAAGCAAACCUGCCACUUCAGUUGGAUUUUGAAUAAAUGGCUGUAUCAUAUGAUUCAUCCUGUUUUUUUUUUUAUAUGUAUUUCUACUGUAUUCAUAUAUAUUUUUCAUUUUU